AAGGGACCAGCAUGCCCCCAUUUCCAUCACCCUCUCCAGGGCACGGCACUACCCUAGUCACUGUGGAUAUAGUGGUGCUGGUAAUCUAUUUUCUCCUGGUGCUGGCUGUUGGUUUAUGGUCCAUGUGGAGGACAAAGCGCAGCACUGUGGAUGGAUACUUCUUAGCUGGGAAGAACAUGACCUGGUGGCCAGUGGGUGCUUCGCUAUUUGCCAGUAACAUUGGCAGUGGACAUUUCAUCGGCCUGGCAGGGUCAGGAGCUGCAGCAGGAAUUGGUGCCAUUGCAUAUGAAUGGAAUGGCAUGCUGAUGGUGCUGCUGCUGGGAUGGCUGUUCCUGCCCAUUUAUAUUUCCUCUGGUGUGACAACCAUGCCAGAAUAUCUGCAGAGGCGGUUUGGUGGUAGAAGAACUCAGUUGUUUAUAGCCGUCCUUUCCUUAUUUAUUUACAUCUUUACAAAAAUAUCGGUGGACAUGUAUGCAGGUGCACUGUUCAUUCAGCUUGCCUUACAGUGGAAUAUCUACCUGGCUGUGGUGCUGCUGCUGUUAGUCACUGCUAUCUAUACUGUAGCAGGUGGUCUAGCUGCAGUUAUCUACACAGAUGCAGCCCAAACUGCUAUCAUGUUGGGAGGAGCUCUGACCCUCAUGGGCUUCAGCUUUGUGGCGGUUGGAGGCUGGAAUGCUUUUAUUGAGGGUUACGGCAACGCCAUUCCUUCAGUUCGUGUGCCAAACUCGACCUGUGGCAUCCCCCGAGAUGAUGCUUUCCACCUAUUCAGAGAUCCAGUGAACUCUGACCUCCCGUGGCCUGGUGUUAUUGUUGGCAUGUCCAUCCCCUCCAUGUGGUAUUGGUGCUCAGAUCAGGUCAUUGUGCAACGCUCUCUGGCUGCCAAGACCCUGACCCAUGCAAAAGGUGGCUCCCUGUUGGCUUCGUACCUAAAGGUUCUGCCUUUCUUUGCCAUCAUGGUUCCCGGUAUGAUCAGCAGGAUACUCUACACAGAUGAAGUGGCUUGUGCAGAACCUGAGGUGUGCAGACAGAUUUGUGGCAAUCCAGUGGGUUGUUCAGAUAUUGCUUAUGCCAAACUGGUCAUGGAGCUGCUUCCUGCAGGACUGCGGGGCUUAAUGAUGGCUGUGAUGAUAGCUGCUCUCAUGUCCUCACUGACCUCCAUCUUUAACAGUGCCAGCACCAUUUUUACCAUGGACCUGUGGAAGACUUUCAGAUCUCGUGCUUCUGAAUGGGAGCUCAUGAUUAUUGGCAGAAUGUUUGUGCUUGUGUUGGUUGUGGUGUCUGUUUUGUGGAUUCCUGUAGUCCAGGCCAGUCAGGGUGGCCAGCUCUUCAUCUACAUCCAAUCCAUCAGCACCUACCUCCAGCCUCCUGUCUCCAUCAUCUUUCUAAUGGGCUGCUUUUGGAAGAGGACCAAUGAGAAGGGUGCUUUCUGGGGCCUGGCUAUUGGUCUUGUGGUUGGGUGUAUUCGCAUGUUACUGGACUUCAUCUACCCUGCUCCGCUGUGCUAUGAAGAGGACGACAGACCUGCGGUGUUAAAAUACGUGCAUUACCUCUACUUCUCGACGUUGCUGUCCUUCAUCACCCUGGUUGUGGUGGUUGCGGUGAGCUUGGCUACAGAGGAGCCGAAACCAGAGCAGAUUAGUCGUCUCACAUGGUUCACAAGAUUAGACCCGGUGAAGCCCCGAGAGCAGGUGUUCACAUCAGAGCAAAACAGUACAACCUCAGAUGUAAUUACUGCUCAAACGGGUGAUUUGGGAGCCACAGAGAGAACGGUGGGAAGCAGCAAUGGAAAAGCAUCCCAUCACAGGAAAGACUCUGGAUCAUCUGCUACUAGUGUCCUCAGUCAGUCUAGGAUGAUGUCUGCCCUCUACUGGCUGUGUGGGAUGGAGAGACGGCAGAAAGGAGAUGAUCCUGUGCACCCUCCUCCUCCACCCGAACAAACUCUCUGUUCUCUAGAAGAAAAGCCUCGUCUACGACACAUUGUUAAUAUCAACCUCAUCAUUUGCCUCUCUGUAACUGCCUUCAUUGUUGGUUACUGGGCUUGA